CAGCCAAUCAUGUCUCUCCUCUAAAAAGUUUACGCCAUGCAGCCUAUAAGAAGAGCCUAAGAAGUUUCUCAAGUAUCGGAAAAGACUUGUCCUCCCAGGAACCCAUCCAUGGAUACUUGGGUGUCUUCACAGAAAGAUAGGGGACCUACAGGUGGACUAUAACGCUGUCUGACUUCAUGAGAGGGAAGUAAUUUUGGGGGGUGGACAGUUCAGUGGGCACCAUCUACCCAGAGUGGAGAUGUCUGAGGAAAACUUGGGGGAAGAGUCGAGCAGCUCGCCUGUCUCUCCUGUGGACAGCCUAAGCAACAGCGAGGGGGAGCUGGACAGACAGCCGAAGAGAUGUGGGAGGAAGAGGAGACCUAGCAGGAAAAACGGGGAGGACUCAGAUAGCCCGACCCCUGGGAAAAGAGGGAAGAAGUCCAACAGCAGCAGCCCCCAGUCUUUCGAGGAGCUUCAGUCGCAGCGGGUCAUGGCCAACGUGCGUGAGCGUCAGAGGACCCAGUCUCUGAAUGAGGCGUUCGCUUCGCUGCGGAAAAUUAUCCCCACUUUACCCUCGGACAAGCUGAGCAAAAUACAGACGCUGAAACUUGCAGCCAGAUAUAUCGACUUUCUUUACCAGGUGCUGCAGAGCGACGAGCUGGACUCCAAAAUGGCAAGUUGUAGUUAUGUGGCUCAUGAGAGGCUGAGCUACGCCUUCUCUGUGUGGAGGAUGGAGGGCGCUUGGUCUAUGUCAACAUCUCACUAAUAUCUGGAGAAAUUAUGCCCUAAAUGGUGACUGCUGAUUCUACUUAUCACCUUCUGACGGGAUAAAUCUGGAGACCAAUGCUGGAUACAUGGGAUCACUCUAUUUAAACCAAAGACGUCUGAAGCUUUUAUUUUGAAGAGGCCCGAUUGAGACUUGCAGCCGUUUUACACCACAAACCCCCUCAAUUUGAUGCGUUUUCAUGUUGUUGACCACGAAUGUUAAAAAUAUCAUGUGUGUGUGUGUUUUUUUUUUUAAUGCAUGCCUUUGGACUUAUUUCUGUGGAGGUCAAAGUGCAUUGUUGCAGCAGUUGUCUCACUUUUUUUGGUGUGAGACUGUCUACUGGUGGGCUGACUGUGUGGAUCUAACCUGUGCAAAAAUAUUUUCUGAAAACAUUUAUUUAUUUAUUGCUGAAACGUGUUACAUUCAGGAACAGAUCCUGUGUCUGAAAUAUACAAAUACAUUCUUAUUUUU